AUGUUUUUUAACUGGUUCGGCUUUUGGAGACGAUUAUUUUCGUUUAUAUGGGAUUCAAAGCCAAAGUUGUUGUCAAUAGAAGAAGCCUGUGAUAUUUUAAAUCAAGAUGAAGAAGAAAAUUUGGAACCAAUAGCAAUUCCUGAAGAAGAAAAUGUAAAUGAAUAUGAUACUUGCCUUAAAAAGGGCAUAAUAACUUUUAAGAAUGAGAACAAAUACCAAAUUGAUGAUCUGUAUGAGUUUGAAUCUAACGCAGAAAAUUUAUAUAUUGGUUCCAGAGUUUCGUACAAAAUUUUUAUAACCAAUUGUACAAUUAAAGUUACCGAUGUUAAGCUUAUUGAAAACGAUUGGGAUGUGGAUGAGACAGGCAAAUCAACAUGGUGCUCAAGAAUAAUGGUUUGUAAAGUUGUUAAAAGGGAGAACAGAAAUGUUAUAUUAGAACCAGGUGAUGUUACCGUCGACUUGGACAAAAUAUCCAUUGAAUUUAUACCUAUUAUUGGGGACUGGGUUGAAAUACAUGUUAAAAGCGAAGUAGACAUUAACAUCACAGAUUUCAGUGGGAAAAUUUUGGAAAUUGAUAAAGUAAAUGCUGUAAGGCCUCACAUUAAAAAUUGCGUUAUUACUUCUUAUAAUGCCAAAGACAAUUUUGGGAUUUUAAAUAAGAAUAUCUACUUUUUGAGCACUUGCUUGCCAUAUGGGUAUAUUCCUCAAGCAAAUGAUAAAGUAAUUGCUGAAAUUAUAGAAAGUGACCAAGGUACUUGUGUGUGGAGAGCCUUAAAAAUACUUCCUGAAGCUUUAGCUGCAAAAAAAGAACAAAUAACUGACGUAAAAGAAUCUGACUUAGUUUAUGCACAUGAACAUAUAAAUAUUAGUUCAGAAAGUGUAGAACUGACUGGCCUAAACUUAAAAACACAAUUUUUUGUCCUUAUAGAAAAUAUAUCUGAUGAAGUAUUUCUUAUAAAAUCGGUUGGAUUUAAGGCUCCUUCACAAAGUAAAGUAACAAGUAAUGUUCAGGAUUACACACUUGAUGCUAAGGAAAUAAAAAAGAUUUGUUGUGACUGCGAAUCUAAAUCAAUGGGAGACAGUAGAGAUUUAAUUGAAAUCGAUUUUGGGGAAUUUAAAAUUGGCUACUGGGUUAGUAUAACAGUAGGAAGACAAAGUUCCUUCGAGUCAGUUAAAUGUAUCAGAAAAGGCAGUAAAUACUUAAAUAAUUAUAGCAACGAAAUAAUAGCAGGACAGAGAGUGACCAGCGCACCCCGCUUUUGUAGUGUCAAAAUUCCUGAUUAUACCCUGCCUAGAAAACUAUUAGAUAUAUUCAAUCGGUUUACCUUUAGAGAUGCUGCCAAUAUACAAUCAGAAUUGCAGGCAUACAAACCCAGUCUCUUUAAUAAUUUAACCCUAAUGAAUUAUGAGGACAAAUUCCACACGCUAUUAUAUCUGGAGGAAAUAUCAGAAAAACUUGCUCUACAAAACUAUGAUCAGGACUUGGCCUGUUUCAUUCGUAAUGGGGAAUAUUUAAUGUUGGAAAUAAACAAUUUAAAGGAAAGAAGACCUUCACUACUAGUAGGAGAUAAAAUUAUUGCCAGUGAUCCCACCAAGCAGGACAACAAGGAUUUUGAAGGGUUCAUUCACAAAGUCGGCGGCAACCAUGUGUACUUAAAGUUUUCACCAAUGUUCCAUGAUUCUUAUAAUGGAGAGGAUUAUUCCAUUAGAGCAGUGUGCGGCAGAGGCAGUUUAAGGUCCAUGCAUCAUGCUAUUUUUUUAGCUGUUAAAAUGCUGGGAAAAGACAUUCUUUUUUGUACACAGCUAACUGAAAGGGAACUCCAGGUAAACCUUAGAUCGGAAGAAAAACAGAUAACGCGUCGCCAGGCCUUGGAAAAAAUGUACAAACUCAAAAACAAAACUCCCGUAAAAGAAACAGCGCAACCCAAAAGCAUUGAUUGGUACAACGAAUCCUUAAACUGCUACCAAAAAGAAGCAGUCAAAAAUAUACUUCUCGGUGUUGCCAGACCGCUGCCCUACGUGAUUUUUGGGCCGCCAGGCACCGGUAAAACGGUCACGAUCAUCGAAACCAUCCUGCAGCUACUGCGCAUGAUUCCCCACUGCCGAUUGUUGGUUUCCGCGCCGUCCAACAGCGCGUCCGAUCUGAUCGCGUUGCGUCUGAUCAAUUCUGGCGUUUUGAAGCCCGGCGAUCUCGUUCGGGUCAUUUCGUUCUCGUAUCUGAUGUCCGAGUUGUUGCCGGGCGAGCUCGUGCCCUAUUCGGCCACUUUAAGUUUAGGAAGAGAGGGAACUGUGCCUUCGGCGGAAGUACUCAAAACUGGAAUGACAUUGGGUUGCAGUAGUUCAGCGAUUGGUAGGCAUAGAAUAACAGUUUCCACAUGCGGAUCGGCAGGAAGAUUAUUUCAAAUGGGCUUUAAGAGGGGUCAUUUUUCACAUAUUGUUGUUGAUGAGUCGGGACAAGCUUCCGAACCAGAAGUUUUAAUUCCCGUUACCUUUUUGGACAAAUAUAAUGGACAAGUUAUUCUAGCAGGAGAUCCUGUUCAAUUGGGUCCCGUAAUAUCAAAUCCAUUUGCUUCUGAUAAUGGUUUAGGAGAAUCGUUUUUGGAAAGACUAUUAAACCGAUUUCCUUACGUUCCAGACUUUGAAAGUUUCCCUGAAACCUCUGGGUAUGAUCCGAGAUUGGUCACAAAACUUAGAUACAAUUACAGAUCUUUGGAACCUUUGCUAAAUUUGACUAGUUCUCUAUUUUACAAUAACGAUCUAUUAGUAACAGUAUCCAGUGAAGACAGUAAAGAAGCGAAAACACUAGCGAAAUUAAAAGACAUUUUACCGUUAGGAAGUAAUUCUGAACCCCCCUGUAUAGUUUUCCAUGGCGUCGACGGAGAACAAUGCCGAUCUAACGAUUCGCCUUCCUGGUACAAUCCGCACGAAGCGGCGCAGGUAUUUUACUACAUCAACGAACUUUACAGAAUGGGGUUGGAAAGCAAAGACAUAGGCGUUAUAACGCCAUACGUGAAACAGUCGAGGGAAGUAAGACUAAUAUUAACUGAAGCGGAAUUUGAUUGUCCCAAAAUCGGUACAGUAGAAGAGUUUCAAGGGCAGGAGUUCAACGUUGUUUUGGUGUCCACUGUGCGUUCAUCUUCAGAAAAGGCUGACGACUUAAAUUUUAUAUCUUGUCCUAGAAGAAUAAACGUUACAAUUUCAAGAGCAAAAUGUUUGUUGAUCAUAAUAGGAAAUCCAAAUGUGUUAAGCAAAAAUAUUGUUUGGCGAUCCGUUAUCAAUUAUUGCAUAAGCAAUGGCGCCUACACAGGCUGCCAAAUGUAUUAG